UGGGGCGCAGGGCUGGGGGUGGGGGUGGGGAAGAAGCUGGGCUGGGCCCCAGGGACCAGCUGGGCAAUGAGCCGGGGAAGCAGCCGGGAGGCUAAAUGAGGGAGAUUAUCACCCAACUGCAGCCGGGCAGAGAGGGAGGCAGGCAGGGAAGCGCGGAGAGGGCGGGGAGAAAGGACGGGGGCCAGAGGGGAAGGGGGUGUAAAGGGAUGGGAGGGGGGGUGCACGAACACAGAAGAGGCCUGGAGGAGUCGGGGGCGGGGGGCAAGGGAUGGACUCAAAGGACUUGUGGUUGGUUGGUGGGGGACUCCCGCUGGAGUCUGGGAGACUGUAUGAUGGGGACAAUUGGAAGCAGCUGGCUGUGGGGCAGUGGGGGGCGGUGCAUGCAGCUAACUGCUGUUCCACUUCCCAGUGGCCUGGAACUCCCCUCGCCACCGGCUCCCCAGCUCUCCCCAGCUCCCAUGCUGGAUUACAGCUCCCAUUCCUUCUAGAGGCUGAAGGCUCCCUGACAUGCCCUCGGGAGGGAGGAGGGUGUGCUUUGGGCUCAUGAUGGAGGUCAGGUUGGGGAGUAUGACCUGGUGAUCUCACUGGAUGGCAGGACAAUCUAGGGACACACAGAGUCCUGAGCAGCAACCAGUGCUAGGGAGAGCUUAGGGGGCGGCUCCCCGCUUCCUUGGCAGAGUCCCAGACUGAAGUAACCUUAAAAAAGCAAUUAAAUCACCUUUUAAAAAAACCCAGUAAAGAAAAAUCAAUAACAGGAGAAAGGGGAAGAGAGAGGCUGGGGAGGUAAGGAGGUGGGGAAGGAAGCGCUGGAAGGGUCUGGUGGUCUAGCAGGGAGGGGGGAAACAUGGGGGGGCUGCCUGGGUAGGAGGCAGCGAGAUGGGGACUGUCUGGGGUCAUGUGGAGACUCCCAACUGCAAACUCAGCAGCUGCUCUCAGUGCCAACCCCUUUCUCCUCUGGGACACCGCCAGCUGCAGCCCCUGACCCCAGGGGUCUUAUCUCCACAGUCUGGGGGGCUGGCUUUGGGGGAAGCCCAGCCAAGGAAGCUACUUUGAAAAGAGAGGCUGGGGACAACCCCCACCCUGGAUGCCAACCAGGCCUGGGGUUGGGGUGCUGUGUGUGGGUGGGCUCCAUGCUGGGAUGACUUGUGAAGGACGGGGCCUGACCUGGCCUUGCAACCAAGGGCGAACAGCGUGGUCCCCUGCCCCCCAGGGGAGCCAACCCCAGGCCAGGCAGGGGCUGCGACUGGCAGGGCAGGGCUGCCGCAGGGGAGGGGUGGCCGCUGGGCAGCGGGUGGACCUCGGGCUCUAAUCCCCAGCAGCUGCCGUUUCCCUCAGAUCGAUUCCCUUCUCACUUUUUUUUCAGCUGCUGGUUCCGCGGCUCGGAUCGAUGGAGCCGCCUCCCCCGCCCCUCUGAGCUUCCUCUCCCUGCUGCUCAUUAGCGCCCCGAUUAAUCAGCCCCCCCUUUCCUCUAGGGGACAAGUGCUUCCUCUCCUGAGAGGGCUCAAGCACUCACACGCCUCCCCCACCCCCAGAGCACUAGCUGCUCACUGCGACCACCCCCAACCCGGGGGCACCCAGGCAUCAUCUCCCAGCUGGCCACCAGGGGCCCCACCACAGCCUGUGACAACAGUCCACAUGCCCGCGUCUCCUCUGCAAGCCAGCAGCCACCCAGGGCUCCCCUGCCCGUCUCUGCCAGGCACCCCCUGCUUGUUUCUUUAGGGUUGCAUUCCCUCCUGUUCAAAGCCAACACAUCUCUACUCCUCCAAUACCCUGUCUGGGCUUUCUCACCUCCAUCAUCCCUGCUCUCUGCUCCCGGGCUGUCCACCCACCCUCCCCCACCCCACCCCCCCAUAACCUGGCCUGGCCUCGGAUUUAGGAAACAUCGGGGAGGGCAAAGUGGCCGCAGAUGUGUGAGUCAGCAGGGGUGCUCUCUGUUCCAGACAAAUGAGAGACUGAGUCUGGGGCUGGGGGUGAAGUGGGGAGAGGGCGAGGCCAGAGGGGGUAGGGGUCUGAUGGGUAUUAAGUCGGGAGCAAAGCUCUAGGGGAGCCAAGUAUUUCAGUGGAGCCACCAUUGUCCCCUUGCCUGUCCUGCCUGCCCUCCUCUGUCCUCCCCUCCCCUCCCUCAUUCAAACAAGUGGCUCUCCCAAGGAGUUUCUGGAAGCAGCCGUGACUGGGGUAGUGGGGUCAGGUGGUGGCUGGGCUCGAGUCAGGAAUCCAGGAAUCCGGGAGACCAGGAGGUGGGAGAUGGAGCUGGCUGACCCCUCCUGGGGCGUGGUCCAGAAAAGUGGCAGAACGAGCCGAGAACGCUGGGUGCAGCCCUCUUCCCUGCGUGGCCUGGGAGUGGGGACGGGUGGGGAACCCCACGAGCAACUGGGGUAUAGCAAGAGUUUGGGGGGCGGCCCGACGAGGUCUGGGCAGGGACAGGGGAUCCCUGUCCUAGGCUGGGGGCUGCCCCCUCCCCUUGGCCUGGCUCCUGCCGCCCAUGCUGCCGGUGAAACGCUGUUGACAUGUCCUGAAUUAUUAAGCAUGGGGUGGGCUCCGGAGCACAUGCUGAGCGGAGCGGCUGGGGCUGCGCGGCGUGGCGGAGCAGCGCUCGCUCCCUCGCUCACUGCUCGCUCGCUCGCAGGGACACACGCAGGGGCUGACAGCUGUGCUGGUGCUGAUAAGGGAAGCCACAAGGAGACGAUCGAGGAGAGACAAGACAAGCGGCAGCAGAGGCAGCAGCGGCAGAGGCAGCACCAGGGCUGCGGAGCUGCUGGGAGUGGGAGUGACUCCCCCACCUCGGGCCCCCACCCUGUCCCCAUCCUCCUGCUGCUUGCCCUGAGUUUAGAAGAGCAGCCGCUGCCACCGCCGCCACUCCGGAGGGCAUCAGGGGCUACUGGCCAGGGAGGGACGGGCAAGGAGGCUCCGGCCAGUCCCAGCAGCCGGGGACAGAUGCCGAUCGAGAUUGUGUGCAAAAUCAAAUUUGCAGAGGAGGAUGCGAAACCCAAGGAGAAGGAGGGGGAUGAGCAGAGCCUCCUGGGGGCUGCGCGGGGGCCCGCAGCCCCCCGGGACCUGGCCACCUUUGCCAGCACCAGCACUCUGCACGGGCUGGGCCGGGCCUGUGGCCCAGGCCCCCAUGGACUGCGCAGAACCCUGUGGGCACUUGCUCUACUCACCUCGCUGGCUGCCUUUCUGUACCAGGCGGCCAGCCUGGCCCGGGGCUACCUGACACGGCCUCACCUGGUGGUCAUGGACCCUGCUGCCCCAGCCCCGGUGGCGGGCUUCCCGGCCGUCACCCUCUGCAACAUCAACCGGUUCCGGCACUCGGCACUCAGCGACGCCGACAUCUUCCACUUGGCCAAUCUGACCGGGCUGCCCCCCAAAGACCGGGACGGGCACCGUGCCGCUGGCCUGCGCUACCCGGAGCCCGACAUGGUAGACAUCCUCAACCGCACCGGCCACCAGCUCGCCGACAUGCUUAAGAGCUGCAACUUCAGUGGGCACCACUGCUCCGCCAGCAACUUCUCGGUGGUCUAUACUCGCUAUGGGAAGUGUUAUACCUUCAAUGCAGAUCCACAGACCUCGCUGCCCAGCCGGGCGGGGGGCAUGGGCAGUGGCCUGGAAAUCAUGCUGGACAUCCAGCAGGAGGAGUACCUACCCAUCUGGAGAGAGACAAACGAGACGUCGUUUGAAGCUGGCAUCCGAGUGCAGAUCCACAGCCAGGAGGAGCCACCGUACAUCCACCAGCUUGGCUUUGGUGUGUCCCCAGGCUUUCAGACCUUCGUGUCCUGCCAGGAACAGCGGCUGACCUAUCUGCCCCAGCCCUGGGGCAACUGCCGGGCGGAGAGCGGGCUCAGGGAGCCUGAGCUUCAGGGCUACUCGGCCUACAGUGUGUCUGCCUGCCGGCUGCGCUGUGAAAAGGAGGCCGUGCUUCAGCGCUGCCACUGCCGGAUGGUGCACAUGCCAGGCAAUGAGACCAUCUGCCCGCCCAACAUCUACAUCGAGUGUGCCGACCACACACUGGACUCCCUGGGUGGGGGCUCCGAGGGCCCAUGCUUCUGCCCUACCCCUUGCAACCUGACCCGCUAUGGGAAAGAAAUCUCCAUGGUCAGGAUCCCCAACAGGGGCUCCGCCCGGUACCUGGCAAGAAAGUACAACCGCAAUGAGACCUAUAUACGGGAGAACUUCCUGGUCCUAGAUGUCUUUUUUGAAGCCCUGACCUCUGAGGCCAUGGAGCAGCGAGCCGUCUAUGGCCUGUCAGCCCUCCUGGGGGACCUUGGGGGCCAGAUGGGCCUAUUCAUCGGGGCCAGCAUCCUCACGCUGCUGGAGAUCCUUGACUACAUCUAUGAGGUGUCCUGGGACCGACUGAAGCGGGCGUGGCGUCGUCCCAAGACGCCCCUCCGGACCUCCACCGGGGGCAUCUCCACUCUGGGGCUGCAGGAGCUGAAGGAGCAGAGUCCCUGCCCAAGCCGCGGCCGUGCUGAAGCGGGGGGCGCCGGCACCCUGCUUCCCAAUCACCACCACCCACAUGGCCCCCCAGGAGGCCUCUUUGAAGACUUCGCUUGCUAGGAUGGUGCUGUGUCCUAAAGGACCCAGGAGUCUGGGACUCCUCCCCGGACCCCCACCAGUCUCCUCCUGCUCCUGGGACAGAAGGCCUGGGGGGCAGCGCAAAGCUGAGGGGGUGGGGCGGUGCUCACUGGGAGGGUGGGACUCAGUUCCUGCUCUCACCAACCUGGCACCAGCUGCUUUGCACAAAGGUCCCUCUUGUCCAUACCCUCCACCCCCAGGCUGGUGCCCAGGGAGGGCUGGAGACCAGGCCAUGGGCUCCUGAGGAGGGGGGGUGGGGGGGAGAGAGGGAGGUGGAAAAAGGGGCCCAUGCCAGCAGGGGUGGGACCCCUCUGUACAUUUGUAUAUAUUUAGGGAGGACAGGGUGGGGGUGGGGGUUCAGCUGUAGAAGGUGGGUGGGGCUGUGGGGGUGGGUAACUUAGGGAUAGCCAGAGUCCCAGCCCUAGAGCGUCAACAGAGAGGGCAGGCCCCCAGGACUCAGGACUGCUGGGCUGAUCCUGCUUCCUGCUCCUCUCCAGGCCUGGCUCCCCUUUUGGUCGGGGGAGUGGGCGGCCCAGCAGGCCUGGCCCAGCUCCCAAUUCCCCCUACCCCAACCCCACCCCUAGAGUCCCCUCCACAGGGAGAAGCAGAGCUUUCUGAACUUGGCUGAGCUUGGGGGUAGGGAAGGGGCCUUCUCAGGCCUCUCUGCCUCCAGCCGGGUUUUAUAAAGUGCUGACAAAAUUGGGAAUAAAGAGGCAUAAAGAAUUCUCUGUGUGUAUAUGUGA